CGGAAAAGUGUCACAGCCAUGUCAACCUGACUGGAUCGAAUCGGACUAGAAUUACCGAAAAUAACAUGACGAAAAUUUCCAGUUUUACCUUGGGUGAAUUGGUAUAAUGAUAGUAGACGCGUAUUUAGAAGAACAGACGCGUUUGAGAGUUAAAAAGAAAGAAAAUGGCUUAGAGAAACCUACUGAGGAUGACGAUUUGCAAAUAAAUGAUGAUCCAAGAAGAUUUCCUGGAGAGACUAGGAAAGAUGCUGACUCUAGGACAGGCAAAGCUAAAGUUCUACUGUGCAUUAAUGAUGUUCCCAAUCACUUGAAAUUUAACCCGCAUAUUUUGUCUGGGUAUCGUCCAUUGCAGUCUCCUUUGGGCUGCAUUGGGAGCGUUUUCCAAUGGCACAAUGAAACCAUCAACAUAGUGACCCAUGCUAUUCCAAUAUUCUACAUCCUUUUCACUGUUCCUGACGUGCUUCCUUGGCAUUCGCAAGAACUUACUUUCUUAGCUUGGUGCCAUAUAGCAGGAAUUCUCUGCCCCUGGUUGGGCAGCUUUGUUUACCACAUGUUUAUGAACUUACAUUAUGGUCCCAUGGCUUAUUAUAUUCUCCUUCAGGUUGAUAUGUUGGGGAUUUGGACCAGUCAGAGUAUAGGUGCUCUUCCAUUAGUUUUUGCUUCCACAAAAUGCGUUCCACAUCUAAUACGAUGGUCAAUAAUAAUGUUCUAUUGUUUGUUGAGUGUUUGGGGCUUAUACAAGGCAAUGAUAGCGUGGUCUCCAUGGGACAGACGGCUCUGUUUUCUGCUUCCAUUCCUGACUAGAAUCGGAUUAUGGUGUUUGAGAUUGACAAAAAUUGGCGGUGGUGAUCCAGCUGCGUUCCUGCACGUGAUUUUACAGGAUGCAGUGUCGAUUGUUGGCGGUUGCAUCGGAGCGAUUCACGUUCCUGAGAAAUGGUUUCCAGGACAAGUGGACUUCGUGCUGAAUUCGCACAACAUUAUGCACGUAUUAGUCGUUGCUGCAGUGUGGAGCAUGCAUCGAGCCACAGCCCUAGAUUUACACUGGAUGGCUAAGAAUAACUGUUAUUGAUCCAAAUGUUACAAUUAUGCCAUUGUUUUCCAGAUUUAAAGUAGUUCUACGGUAUUAAUACAUUUUGCUUCGCCGAAAAAAACUAAUCAUGUAAGGAUUAGUGCCGAUCGGUUUAAACUAAAUUCCAAAUAGCGCUAUUUUACAGCUAUGUAAAGCACGCAAAUAGGUUCUAUUUAGAAAUGGUAAACUUCCAAGGGUUGAUGAUGGUAAAACAAGUUCAGUGUCUUUUGCUAUUAAAACAUAAUUUGUACGUAUAGGCAUUUAACCACGAGGAUAACAAAAAAUGUUUAACCGCGCACGGCGUUAAAGUUCAUAAAUACUAAAAUAAAAUAGAUUUAUGAAAUUCAAACGUACCAUUGAAACAAAGAAAUUCGAAAUUUUAAGCAAAACAUUUUUAAAUUUUCAAUUAUGAAAUGUAAAAUGCUAUAAAAUAAUCAAAUUUCGAACGACAUAACAGUUAUCAAGUAAUUUGUAAGGAAAAGAAUCUUUGAACUGCUUCAAAGCUGAAGAUGCUGACGUUAAAGACACUGAUCAAGUAUUUCCUGUAAUCUUUCUUUCAACGAAUAUUUAAAAAAUCAGCAUCUCAAAAUGAUUUUCUAAUAGUGUUUGUUGAGUUUUAUGAAAUUUAUGACAUCUUAAAAAAUACUAAACUUAACUAAAAAAUUGUGAAAACAGAAUCUGAUUUUUAAAUUAUUAUAUUUAAACGUCGUCUCCAAAAAUCGGGUAGACUCCUUUCGUACUUCCACCAAUUUAGCUUUAAUGAUGUUAGAAGUGAUAUGACAAACUACAAUUUAUGGUGGUACAAAGCUUAAAGUUUUAGAGUGAUUACGCCUCCCUGCCGUUAUACGCUAGUGUUAAUUUUUUAAUUUAUAUAGCUGACCAGUUAAUUGUUGCUAAUUACUCAAAUAUAGGACUCUAGCUAGAUUUAUUGAAGCCGCAGCUAUUUAUAGUAGGUUAAUCAUAGUAGAGAGCAACACCAUUAUUGUUAGAUUUGUUAGUAACACAUUUACAUUCAAGUAGGCUUUAAGAUAUUUGAACCUUUACAAAUUUUAUUGAUUACUCGUUAUAAAUAUAUUUACAUAUCGUAAAUGGUAAA